AUGUACUGUAUGUGUGUGGUGCAGCAGGAAGCUCGUUAAAGCGUUUUGCCACGGAUACACACACACAGAUCCACGAAAAGAGAAACACGCGACAAGAUCACCGGCGAUAGAAACCUCGCGCAGCGUAACUUUAAUUUUCUUUCAUUUCGAAGUGACGCCACGUAGAGAUGUUUCCUGAUUCCGCCACAGGUUAUGAGGAGUGUAAGGCCACAGCCGAUUGGCUGUUAGCUCAGGCUCCAGCUCGUCCUCUGGUGGGGAUCGUGUGUGGUUCGGGUCUCGGUGGACUGGCAGAAAUGCUGAAAGAUCAGCUGGUCAUCAAGUACAGCGACAUUCCCAAUUUCCCUCAAAGCACCGUGCAUGGCCACGCUGGAAAGUUGGUGUUUGGCACUCUUAAAGGGACAGCGUGCGUGUGCAUGCAGGGCAGAUUUCAUCUUUACGAAGGACACCCCAUUCAGAAGACCACGAUGCCCAUCAGGGUGUUGAAGCUGAUGGGUGUAGAGACGAUGAUUCUGACGAAUGCUGCUGGAGGACUGAAUCAGGAUUUUAAAGUGGGAGAUGUGAUGGUUAUCAAAGAUCACAUCAAUAUUCCAGGCUUCGCCGGAAACAACCCGCUGGUGGGAGCCAAUGACGACAGGUUUGGGGUGAGGUUCCCGUGUAUGUCAGACGCAUAUGACCGUGAUCUGCAGAAGCUCGCUCGCGAUGUCGCAGCUGAACUCGGUUACUCCGCGUUCAUGAAGGAGGGCGUGUACAGCGCGUUGGGUGGGCCGUCUUUUGAGACCAUCGCUGAAUGCAGAAUGCUCCGCCUCCUCGGAGCCGACACAGUCGGCAUGAGCACCGUUCAUGAGGUCAUCGUGGCGCGUCACUGCGGGAUGAGAGUCUUCGCUCUGUCUCUCGUCACCAAUCAGGCGGUGAUGGAUUACGACAGCGAGCAGAAGGCCAAUCACGAGGAGGUUCUGCAGACGGGUGCACAGAGAGCCAAAGAGCUGGAGAAACUCGUGUCCACCAUGGUUUCUCGCAUUGAGCUCAAGAACAAGAAAUCACAGGAAACCUGUCAGUGAACAACCCCCGCAGCGACCAUAGACCUGAAACAUACUGUACACAAGUGUAUCCUGCACACAUGACAUUGACGCUAAUGUUUAGACUUCAUUUAAUUUUUGUUGCACUUACAUAAUCGCGUUGUGUUCCUGUAGCUCACUUGGCAGAGCACUGCACCAGCAACGCAAAGGUUAGUGGUUAUGGGCACACACAUACUGAUAAUCGACUAAAUGCACUUUUUUUUACGUGUAUGCGAGCGUGUGCGUACAGCCAAACGCUUUCGACUCAAACGUGUACACACGGGGUUUGAGGCAUGCUCAUUACGACAUAUUGAAAUACCUCUCCGGGCCUACAGGGGUCAGGUUUUCUUCUACUACCUUGAAUCGAUGCUCCCUGGACACGGUUGCCACCUGGUGGUUAAACUAAUUACUGCAAGAAAUGGAAUGCGCAUGCGCCACCUCCAUGUACGCAAGGUAACAAAAUUCUGGCGGUGUGCGUGCUAUUCUGAUGAUGAAAUUUGCGUCAGGCGCACUGUCCGAUGUCCCUUGCGUACGCAUAAAAGGGAACUAUACUUCAGCCUUAAAGGCGGGGGGUCCGAUUUCUCUUAGCCGUUGUUGAUGUUCAAAUCACCAAAACAAACCCACCCCUACCCCCAUCUUUCGCUUUCGUCAGCGCUCGGCUCGGCUAAUGUCCGUCCUGUGCACCUUACUGCUGAUUGGCUACAAGGUUGUUUUGGUACUCGGCACGACUCAGUUGUCUAAAGCGUAAUUCUAAAAUCGGUUACCCCGCCUUUAAUUUGCUUUGGAUAUAAGCAUCUGCCAAACGCGUAAAUAAUGUAAAUGUAUCACGCAAUGCUACCGCAAAUAAGACACGACCCGUUCGCUCUCACACACAUUGUGACAGAUUUUAAACCAACUUGAUAUCUAGACGUGGUGUAAGAUGUGCGCACCUUCCUAACGGCAACAGUCAAACAAUCAAUUACACUGAGAUGCUGGGAAACAGUCCCACAUGAAAAAAUACUAUAGUAUGUACUACAGUAAAGUGUAGUAUUCUAUACUUUAGUACAGUAAUUAGUGUAAGAUGUAUUAUUAGUGAAGCACAUUAUGAUUUUUUAGAUUUUAGAUUUUAGAUUCAAUUUAUUGUCAUUGCACAUGUACAAGGCAACGAAAUGUGACCUCUGCAUUUAACCCAUCCAGAGAGUAGUGAACACACGUACACCCGGAGCAGUGGGCAGCUAUCACUACAGCGCCCGGGGAGCAAGUAGGGGUAAGGUGCCUUGCUCAAGGGCACCUCAGUUGUUACCCGCCGGCCCUGGGAAUCGAACCGGCAACCUUCUGGUCAUGAGUCCGACUCUCUAACCAUUAGGCCACAACUGCCCCCAUUAUAGUAUAAUUGUCAUAGUGUACUGUAGUAUUCUGUGCUAUUAACUAUAGUAAAUUGAUCAACUGUAGUAAAUACUGCCGUAUACCGCAGUAUUUACUAUAGUACAGUUGAAAACACUGUAGUAUCUGUGAAUUUCACAAUAGGUUUGUGAAAUGAAAUGGCACACUUCUUACUGUAUAUUGGACAGUAAGCAUGGUAUAAUAAAGUUAUAGAGUACCGAGUACCGCGGUAAGAACAUCAGGACCUCACUCACAGUGCACUGAACUUUCACGCGUGUGUUUGUGUACUUGUGUAAAGUAUGUUUCUGCCCAUAGACAUAAACACGCAUCAUGCUAGCUAGAGGCAUUUUCACACUUGGGCCUUGAACUUAAAUGUGUUUACAUUCUAAAGAUCAAAAGUUUUACUGUAACUGUCUUAUAAACUGAAGUGUCUUACUGUCUAUAACACUGACACGAUAAACCGGGAGAUUGUAUUCAUUGUUUGAGCACAUUUACUAAAUUAAUUGAUUAUUGUAUCACUAGUUAGCGUUUAUUUAUGGAGUCUGAAAGUAAUAUAUUUCAAAUAUGUGGAAAGUGGGAAACAAUAUAGAAACUGAAACAUUUUAAAAACAUUUUUUUAAAGGGACACUUCACGCAAAAAUGAAAAUUCUGUCAUCAUUUACUCUCCUUUGAGUUGUUUCAAAUCUGUAUAAAUGUCUUUGUUCUGAUGAACACAGGGAAAGAUAUUUGGAAGAAUGUUUAUAACCAGACAGAUUUUGUCCCCAUUAACUCCCAUAGUAGGAAAAAUUAUUUUAUCAUUUUUUUGUUCUGUUGAACACAAAAGAAGAUAUUUUGAAGAAUGUAGGACAGCAAACAGUUCUGGGGAACUUUUGACCACCAGUGUAUUUUUUCCUACUAUGGGAGUCAAUGGGGGGCUAAAUCUGCAUUUUUGGGUUAAAAUAGUUUUGAUAAAUGUUAAGAAAAUGAUUUAAAAAGCUGUAAGCAUGGAGACUGGUUCUGUCCUAAGUGAAGAAACUGUUACUAAAGAAACUUUCAGCUAUUCUGGAUGGGUGAAUAUAUUUAUGUUACUUGUUUAUGUAAGCGUUCUUAACCCUUAUGCGCUGUCUUGGACAUUUUUGUCCAUUUCAAUUUUGUUUUCUUUGUUGUUUUGGCUGUGUUUAUGCAAACAUCAUACAUUUUGCUAAAGGUGUGUAUUUUUAUUGGAAUUUUAAUAUUUUGCUCUAUUUUGCUUUGAUAAAUGUUUUUUAAACUAGGUACAUACAAUUGUUACACUCGGGUCCGUUUGGACAAGAAUGAAACCUAUUAAAACUACAAAUGUUCAUCUGUAUGCCAUUCGAGCAUAAAAUCAUACAAAUAUAAAAAUCCUUUGACUAUGUUGGCGAGGGUUCAAAAUUACGACAAAUGAAUAAAGUUCAAGAAAAUUCAAUUUUCUCAAAUGUGU